GUUGGUCUUCUGUUGGGAAACAGGGGGUAGCAGUGAGCUCACGGCUUGGUGCAGCAGCAUUAGCUAGACACGAAGAAGACAGCGCACUCAAAAAGUAGCUAGUCUACACAAAGUGACUAUGGAGGAGGAUGAGAUGGAGAUGAGCAAAGAGGAGCUCCAAAAGUGGAUCAGAGAGAAGAUAAAGAAGAACUACCUGAUCUCCACAAAUGUGCUAGAGAAAUACAAGCUGCUGCAAACUCUGCUGGAUAGGAGGGAGAAACAGGCUGCCCACCUCUUAAAGCUCUGCGAGUCUGUGUCAGCAUGUGAAGCGAUUGUGAGGAAACAGUACUCUUUGCUAGGGUGGCAAUACAGAGACACAUAUUCUGAUGAAGAUGAUGAUACAAAAGGCUCUGGAAAUGCCAUCCCCAGCUCUACUACUAAUGGCCUUACUCCUCUGUUACCAAAGCAACAGGACAAAAGGAACAUGGAAAAUUGCAAACAAAGCAAUAUCAGUCUAAAGAGAAAACCAGUGGUGGUCUUGACCAGAAUUUCUACGUCUCAGAUUAGUUCUUUAUGUCCUCCAAGGCCUCAGAAUCAAAACUGUGAAGAUGACUCCUUAAACAAUUCGGACUGUAAUGUGCAGUGGGAACCACUUGAGUCUUCUUCUUAUCCAAGUGAUUCUGAUUAUUCAGUCUCAAGUGAUAAGACUUGGUCAAGCAAGAGGAGAAAGAAAGAUCAAAAGAAUCCAAAAUGUACCAGUCAAAAAGCACGCCAAGCCAGCACAAAUACAGAUGCUGAGAGCAACGCAACUAAAACAUCACCUCAAGCCAGCACAAAUACAGAUGCUGAGAGCAACGCAACUAAAACGUCACCUCAAGCCAGCACAAAUACAGAUGCUGAGAGCAACGCAACUAAAACAUCACCUCAAGCCAGCACAAAUACCGUUGCUGAGAAAAAUGCCACAAAACCAUCAAAACUCCAAGCAAGUACCAAUACAGAUGCUACAUGCAACGUCACGAAAACAUCAACAAUGCCAUCAAACAGCAAAGUAACACACCCUGUGUGCAUCGUCACUACUCCCCGGCCAACCACUGGCAAAGAUACCAAGACCCCUCCUAACAUUCCACCUGCAGUGCUCAAAGUGAACAUGAGUGUCCUGGCCAGAAGGAAGGCCAUGAGCUGGCAGCAGGGUAAAAUCUUGGAAAUAGUAACAAAGGAAGAUGGUAGGUUGAAAUACAAGAUUAAUUUUGAGGAGAAAAAAAAGACCCUAUUUUCUGGCCAUCACAUCGCCUUUGACUACAUGCCAAAGAUAGACGAGCUGUUUGUCGGUGCUCGUGUGGUAGUCAAGUUUCAAGAUAAAGAAACACGGUUCUGCCCUGGUGUCCUGGCAGAGCUCCCCAGCAGAAAAAACCGCAUGAGGUUCCUGGUCUUCAUUGAUGAUCACACGCCAGUCUAUGUUGGCUUACCUUUACUUCACCUGGUGUGCAGACCAUUGACAGACCCUUUGGACGAUAUUCCAGAUGGCAUCCACAAGACCUUCAUGAAGCAGUAUCUAAAGGCCUGGCCUUACCCACCACAGACUCAGUACAGGAUUGGACAGGCAGUGAAUGCAGAACUUAAUGGAGUCAUGCAGAAGUGUGAGGUGCAGGCCAUCGACAGCAGCUUGAUACAGGUUGUUGUUGAGAUGGAUCAACGUAAGGAGUGGAUCUACCGAGGCUCCACAUGCUUGGAACACAUAAGUAACGCAAAGGGGCUUUUUGAGUCGAAAAAGAAGGAUGAGCAGAAGAAUAAAUCUUCCACAGUUAAAAGUAAAUCAAAAUCUCGUGUUUAGAGAACUGGAUCCUGUGAUCCAAGAUGGCACCCCAUGCAUCUAUUGAACCUUGCUCACCAAGCAAAUACUAAUUUUGAAAAUUUUAACUGCUUGUUGUGAAUGUAAACUGUUCAACUUUUGUUUAAACUAUGAAUGAAUAUUAAAAAUUGUUCUUACCGUAUAUUUUUCCAAGAGUAUUUGCAUUGUAGUUUUUUUUGUUCUUAAAUACAAAUGUCUUAUUUUCUUAAGACUUUUCUAAGCUCAUUUUUAAAUUGAUGAAAGGGUGUACAUGAUGAAAAUAAAAUAAAGU